AUGAUUGUCGUAUUUGACGGUGAUAUAGCGGCAGAGAUGUAUCACCGUGAAAAUAUGCUACCUUUACGGCCAGCAUUUUUUUCUUUCGCAUACUUUAAAAAGUAUCAUAACAGACCAAAGGACCAGCAUACAAAACCAUCUGGAUUAGUAACAGAAAACGGAGAAAAUUGGAAGUGGUUUCGAUCCAAAGUCAAUUCCACUAUGCUAGAUCCAAAAAACGUGCAAAGAUAUAGCACUCAAAUUGAUGAAGUAGCCCUGGAUAUGAUAGAAAGAAUAAGGAGCUUGCGAGAUCAUAACAAUGUAUUUUGUGGAGAGUUCGAUAAGGAAAUGAAUUUGUGGGCCUUGGAAUCUGUUGCAGUAAUAGCGCUGGGCCGUCGAAUCAACUGUUUUGCACCUAAAACAGAUGAUGUUUUAGUAGAAAAGUUAAUAAACUGUACUCAUGAACUAUUCGAAAUUGCAAGUAACUUGGAUUACAAACCAAGCAUUUGGAAAUAUUACGCAACAAAGAAUUUUAAAAAUGCUAUGCAAGUAUAUGGAGACAUUGAAUAUAUAACUAAACAUUAUGUCAACAUGACACUAGAAAAUCUUAAAACAAAGGCAAACAACACCCAUGAGGAAAAAAGUAUUCUUGAAAAAUUACUUGAAAUAGACGAAAAUGUUGCUCAUAUUAUGUCAAUGGAUAUGUUAGUCGCUGGAAUAGAUACGACUUCAAAUACUCUUUCGGCAACGCUGUACCUCCUUGCUACUCAUCCAAAGAUACAGCAAAAAUUGAGGGAUAACAUUCUUUUGGAUCCGAAAACUCCGUAUUUGACAGCAUGUAUCAAAGAAUCCAUGCGAAUGCGUCCAGUAGCAGGACUUAAUGUUAGAGAAACUACUAAAGACUAUGAAAUCUUGGGAUACAAUAUACCUAAAGGGACCUCUCUUCUAUUUUGUCAUCAAUAUAUGUCGACAAUGGAGAAGCAUUUUCCAAAAGCUAAUGAAUACAUACCAGAAAGAUGGUUAAGCAGUGAGAAAAAUCCAAUGUAUCCUGGCGCUGGUCAUAAAUUUGCUUCUCUGCCAUUUGGAUUUGGGUCUCGUAGCUGUAUAGGUCAACGCAUUGCUGAUUUAGAAUUGAAAACAUUUCUAUCGAGACUUAUAGAAAAAUUUGAAAUAAGUUGGUUCGGUGACCCGCCGAAGAUUCAUCCUACUCAUAUCAACCAAGUUAUAAGUCCCAAUAAUUUUAUCUUUAAAGACAUUUGA